GACACUGACAUUGAUGUGCUGACAAAUACAAUAUUUGUGCCGAUGUGUGUGCAACUAAUUAUUCAAUUGAAUAAAAUAAAUAAUAAUUUCCAAUAAUGGCAUUUUCACUCUGGAAUUUAUUUGAAGCGUCCCUGUUAUUUUUAAACGCAGUUUGCAUUUUGAACGAGGAAAGAUUUCUAAGUAAAAUUGGUUGGAGUUCCCGAACAGGUGGUGCCAAUAUUCAAGGCUUUGGUGAAAAUCCUUCAACAAAAUCACAAAUUUACACCCUCUUCCAUUCUAUAAGAACAGUAGCUAGAAUUCCAUUAAUAGUUAUCAACCUGCUAGUGAUUGUGCUGAAGCUAAUACUCGGAUGACACCUUUAAUUUUAAUAUUAGGAAUUAGACUUUGUGAAUCCUUUAUGUAUUUGUAUAUAUUUUGUAUAAUAAAGAGUUUAUUA